AUGGCGCCUCCGAUCCCCUUCCAAGACCGGCCAGGAGCGUUCCUCACCCGCUUCAACCAAACUUUCGAAAACGAAGACCUCAUCGUCGAAGCCCUCCGCCUGGCCGGGUGCUUUGGAAGUGCUGGCAACAAGGAGCUCGCCCUCAUCGGGGAUACGAUCCUGAGGCUCUUUCUUCAGGUUGAGGGUCGUGCGCGAGGCAUGAACCGAGGUUCGAUCGACGCCAUGGUCCAGAGACAGGCACGCAACGACAACCUUACCGACCGCGGAUUCGAGCUAGGCAUCGACAGGUACAUCCAGAACAAUCCCUCCCAGGGAACCAUCUCGCGAGGAGUCAUGGCGACCACAGUCGAAGCGAUAAUUGGUGCGGUCUACCUCGACAAGAACGGCGAACUCGCUGCCGUUGGACAGAUUAUCGCUGCGUUCGGUCUUGGCUGGCCUGAAUGA